AUGCAGGUCAACCUCAUCAAAAGAGGAAUGUUUUUGGACAUUCAGUCUCACUUGUUACAUAUUGUUUUUACCUUUCAUUCUCUCCUCAUUCUCUUUUCUACUUCUCCUCAUAUAUUUUCUCUUUCAUUCUUUCAUCCUCUCUUCAUUCUCUACCUCUCCUGUUAUAAUUUUUUCUUUCUUUCUUCUCUUCAUUCUCUUUUCUUUUCUACUUCUCCUGUUGUACUUCUUUCUUUCUUUCAUCUUCUCUUGAUUCUAUUUUACUACCUCUCAUCAUAUACUUUUUCUUUCUUUCUUUCAUCCCCUCUUCAUUCCCUACCUCUCCUCUUAUAUUUUUUAUUUCUUUCAUUUUCUCUUCAGUCUCUUUUCUUUUUUUACACCCCCUCUUAUACUACUUUUCUAUUUCACCAUUUUCUUUUCUUUCUUGCUUCUCUUGUUUUAUUCUUUCUUUCAUCCUCUUUUCUUUCCUACAUCUCCUCUUAUAUUCUUUCUUUCUUCUUCUCUUCAUUCACUUUUCUUUUUUACCUCUCAUCAUAUACAUUUUCUUUCUUUCUUUCAUUUUCUCUUCAUUCUCUUUUCUUUUCUACAGCUCCUCUUAUACUACUUUUCUUUCUUUCACCAUUCUCUUUUCUUUCUUGCUUCUCUUGCUAUACUUUUUCUUUCUUUCUUUCUUUCUUUCAUCCUCUUUUCUUUCCUACAUCUCCUCUUAUAUUCUUUCUUUCUUCUCUUCAUUCUCUUUUCUCUUUUCUUUUUUUACAGCCCCUCUUAUACUACUUUUCUAUUUCACCAUUUUCUUUUCUUUCUUGCUUCUCUUGUUAUAUUCUUUCUUUCAUCCUCUUUUCUUUCCUACAUCUCCUCUUAUAUUUCUUCUUUCUUUCAUCUUCAUUCUCUUUUCUUUUCCCCAGCUCCUCUUCAUUUUUCAUCCUCUCUUCCUUCUUUCUUUUGUACCUCUCUUCUUAUAUUUUUCAUUCGUUCUUUCUUUCUUUCAUCGUUCUCCUUUUACUUUUCCCACCUUUGACAAUUCUUAGCUUCCUAAUAUGCUUCUCUUACAUCACCAUUUACCUUUCUGCCUACUUUCCCAUCUUAACCUUUCUGAUUCCUACCCAUUUCCUUCCUUAA